GAGAAAGGCGGCAAGCUCUCCCCGACUCGCGAUCACGCUAACGGCUCUCUUGGUUUUUCCUAUCGUCCUUUCCGCCUCCGAUCCACUUUUCCGUUCAAAGGGCAUUCGCAUUCGUCGCUGGGAGUUCCGGAAUCACACUUCCAGACCUUUACUUCGUAAGCACUUUCUCUGUUUCCCCGUUGCCUUACCUCGCCAAGCUCUAGUGCUUACGCGCAAUUCGUUCAUCUCUUACAUUUUACUAGUUGUUCGAGAAAUUAGGGUUUCCGGAAACCCUAGCCUCGUCAGUUCUCGCUCUCUCCAACAUUGCCUGUGUUUUCCCUUUACUGCGAUCCAUCCAAUAUGGUGGCGGAAUCAGCUUCCGCCACCACCCCCCUGUUGUCUCUGCCGGUGGGCUAUCACUUUAGCCCUAGCGACGAAGAGCUCGUGGAGUAUUACCUGAAGAAGAAAGCUAGAGGAGAGAGUUUCCCGUACAAUGUGAUUCCAGAUUGCGAUCUCUACGGCGACAAGGCUCCGUGGGAGAUGUUUCCCCCGGAUGCCGGAACAGGAAGAGACAGGUUUUUCGUCUUCACCCGGCUUAAGAGGUUAAGUAAGAAGAGGAUUUCGCGGACAGCAUCGAUUGGAGAAUGGCAUGGCAACACUGCCGGUGCGCCCAUUGUUGAUGGGAAGAACAACGUGACUGGGGCUAGGAGACAGUUCGUUUUCAAGUUGAAGAAAGGGAAAGAAGGAAGUGGCUCGGGAGCUCUUGUGGGGCAUUGGAUAAUGCAUGAGUAUUCACUGGCUGGGAUGGAUUCUGACAUUGUGUUGUGUGAAAUUGAAAACAAGGAGAAGAAAAGGUUGAGAGUUGAUGAAAGGGUGGUGUGGGAGACUGUAAACAAGGGAAGUAAAAGGCUCCGGAUGGAUGAAGAGGGAGCUUUCUUGACUGCCACAGAAGAUGCUGCUGUAUCGUCAUCGUCAUCAUCAUCAUCAUUGUCGGAAAUGGUUGCAGAGUUAGCUAGUGACCUUCCUUUCUCGCCCUCUGUUAGACACUCAGCUGAACAGGUAUCAAUUCAAUGUGAGGUGCAGGCAGUAUCAACGAAGAAUGCUGGAUUGAUUUGUGGAGAGCCUUGUGAUAUUCUUUCUGUAUCAACAAAGAAUGCUGAAGCGGAGAUCAUGUCUUCCCUUCAAAGUUCAAUCAACAAUCCCACGACAUCCUCAUCUUCAUCAUUGAUUCCAGUAGCUUCAGCUUACGAUUUGGAUGUUUGUCAGCCUCAAGGUGACUUUUCGGGAGAUCUUCAACUUGGAUUCCUAGCAAGCUGUGGAACAUCAGAGUUGAUUGAUCAACCAAUGUUCGACUUCGAUGAUAACUUGUGCAACCUACUCGAGUUCGACACCAGUAUUGAACUCGACAUGACUGGUUUGUGGUAGGUGUGAGGUCUUGUUUGAUUUCCAUUUUAGUAAAUGCUAAGUGAUAGUUGCUUGACUGCUUGUCAAGCUUCUUAUAUCACUUAAUGGUUUAAACUAUCAUGCCUGUGUAUAUUUUUUUGCGGUAAUGGUUUGUAUUUGAGGCAGAAGCAGGGAGCGGAAGAGAUUGGGUUCUUUUCCUCACUUCAGGAUGGAAGGUUUGCAGGCAACUUCAACAUUUUGAGAUUUCAAUUCAGUGACCCAUUUCUUCUCUGCAAUUUCAGGAGUCACAAUUGGUGUUUCUGCAUCUUGCUGAUGCAAUUCCACAAGUUAUGCGCAAGGCAGCCUCGAUUAGGAAAAGCUGAUUGCUAAGCUCCCUACUUUGAGGUGGUAAGAAAUGAAUGAUACUGGUGGAACUCAUAGGAGCGGGUCUUUCCAUCCUUAUUUCUAGUUUAUCCAUGACAAAAGAAACUGAUGUUUCAUUCGAUGAUCCAGCUUAUGAAGGAUAGCAGGAGGAACAAAAACCACACUACCUUGCUCAGCUUGGCAGAAAGGAUAACCAAAAUAAGGGAUUGAAUGAACCAUGAUGAGCUUGGAGAGUUGUUGAUUGAGGCCCUGCUGCUUCAUAUUAUAACUCUGUUGCUUGUCAUUGAUUUCAUUUGAUAUAAUUAUAUGCAAUUUGGCUAUUGCUUGAUAGCCACAUGCAUUAUUGCUGCUUUCUCUGUGUUUAUUUAUGGACCGAAUUCUUCAUCUAACUUGUAUUUUUUAACCUAAUCAUGCAGGGACUAAGGCUGUUCCGUUCCCCUGGAGAGUGCUAUAUAUAGUUUCAGUUCUUCUUCGCCUCCUCGACAAAUUGGGAAGGCUGGACAUGUCUGCUAUAGUCAGUGAAGUGAGUUACGGCUAGAGGGUGGAGGAGACUCUCUGUCUCUCGGUUAGGGUUGAAGCUACAACAAGUUGUGAACUGAACUGAAGGCCUAGCUCGAGAGUUUUCCAGUGGGAGCAGCAGAAGCUGUAUUUUGAUUAGCCUGACAAUUGGCUGCUCUUUGUACUCAGCAUCCUGCUGGUUUUUUUGGUACUAGUUUGGGAUGUUUCUUUUGUUGCGGCCAUGCGAUGCAGGUUGCCUUUACUAUUCAUCUCUCCUGCACUGAAUCAUGGUCACCUGUUCGGUGGCUCUUUUGUACAUAUAACAUAAUUAAAUUUUAGUGUCAAGGAAAGAGAACGAUUCUGGAAAUCAAGCUGAAGGCCUUAAAAUUGAGUUUUACAGAAUACAUACUUGGUUUUGUUGUAGAACAAAAAAGAACGAUUCGAUCUAGAAAGACACACUUGACUUCUUUCCCUUCCCUCCGCAGGUAUUUGUCCUCUUCACAGUUCACACAAUGAGUAGAGUAGAUAAAACAAAACCAUACAAAAAUUGGGAAAGCCAACUCACUACCGCUAGCACAUAAAAACAAGUGGAACCACCAGGCCCAGUGUUUUUAUUCUCUGUACACAACUUCCAGUCAAUACAACAAAGCAAACGAUCAAUGCUUACGCCAACGCAGUCAAAACCGCGCUUUAAAACUUAAAAACUUACGCUUUGACCUUUUGGGUCAUCAAAACGCUUCUAUGUAGAAUCGUGAUUUUCCCUUACAAAUGUCGUCAAAAUCUACGUUUUAAAACUUAAAAGCUUAUGGUUUUACGCUUCUAGGUCACCCAACCAUAAUCGCGGUUUUGACUGCAUUGUCUUACACCACCCAGCAACAGAGAAAAAAAUCGCAAACAAGCACCGAACCGCUCUUUCAUGGGCCAAUAUAUGGCUACAGAAACACUCCAAUUAGCUAGUAUUGCCCUUCAACUUCAGUCUAGUUCAAGAUUCAGAGUACGUACGUACACUUUCAUGGAGUUCAUUGCGUGUAGAAAUUAAAAGAUCUUUCUGGCACAACUCUCUCUGAAUAAGGUGAUUUAACCGGA